AUGGUCAAAUCAGAACGUUUUGCGACUCGCUUCUGUAAAACCAGCUCAACAAAAAAGGUUUUAUUUUUAGAUAAGGGCAUUGAUGAUAAUGCCUUUCAACUACUAGAUAAACAAAGUAUAAGGCAUCUUAUUCCAAAAAUGAGUCGACGUCUACUUUUUAAGAAAAAAUUCAAGGAAUUUUGUAUGACCAAGGAAAAUACCAUGGAAGUGUGGAGGAAAGCAAGUAUCCCUGUUAAGACAGAGGAGAAUAUAGACGCUGGUAUACAGAAGCUAUACAAAGAAUUCCAAAACCUAGGUAAAGAGAAAUCUAGAAACACCGAUAAAGCUAAUAUGAAACGGCAAAUUUGGAAAGGUAAUCUUGUCGAGUUAUUUGACAAUUCUCGGCAAAAUGUGAUGGAAAUAACAAGCUUAUCGGAAGAAGAUAAAGCAUUUCUUAGAGCACAAAGAGAAAACCGAAUGAGUUCAUCAAUGACUGGAGUAGACAAGGUUUUUGUCUCCAAAAUAAGAACUAAAUGUAUAAAAGAAGAGAAAAAUGAUUUAUCUAAACAUUAUAGAGCUAUAGCUCUAAUGAAUAAGGCAGUAAUACUGAAAGACUCAUCUUCUUCAUCAUCUGCGCCUAGUAACGAAGCAAAGAAAACAUUACGUUCAAGUCCUAGAGUCACGUCUACUUGGGAUCGAAAACAACUCUCUAUUAAGCAAGCAAGUACCUCUUUUAUAGCAACUGCAAAGAGCCUUGGCCACGAUAUUUCAAAACUUUUCGUAUCUCCAUCCACCGUUUACCGAGCUCGGGUGGCCAAUAAAAGAAAAAAUGGCAAGGAAAGUCGAGGAGACGCUUUUUAA